UCUCUGUCGGUCACAAACACUCUCACUCAGUCACUUCCCUCACUCUCACACUCUCUCUCUCUCUCUCUCAUGGCCUCCUAUUCAAUCUUCUUCUUCUUCUUUCUCUUUCUAUGCGGUUUUGUGUCUCAGGUUUUUACAGAUUCAACCCAUAAAACGGUUAAGACCUUUAUCUUCCGAGUGGAUUCUCACACCAAACCCUCCAUUUUCCCCACCCACUACCACUGGUACGCCUCCGAGUUUGCCGAUCCACUCGCUAUUCUACACGUGUACGACACCGUUUUCCAUGGCUUCUCUGCCAGUCUCGCACCGGAGCAAGUGUCCUCAAUAAGUCAACACCCCUCGGUGCUUGCAGUCUUCGAGGACCGCCGGCGGGAGCUUCACACCACGCGCUCUCCUCAGUUCCUUGGCCUCCGGAACCAGCGUGGCCUGUGGUCAGAUUCCGACUAUGGCUCAGAUGUUAUCGUCGGUGUAUUCGACACUGGAAUCUGGCCCGAACGGCGUAGCUUCUGGGACAAGAAUCUCGGUCCGGUUCCGAAACGGUGGAAAGGGACCUGCGAGGCCGGAGAGAAGUUCGCGGCGAUCAAUUGCAACCGGAAGCUUAUCGGAGCGAGGUUUUUCAUUAAAGGUCACGAGGCCGCUGGUGCGAGCUCCGGCGUACCGCCGAUUACAUUGAUGAACGAUACAGUGGAGUACCGAUCUCCGAGAGACGCCGACGGCCAUGGUACCCACACGGCGUCCACUGCCGCAGGACGGUACUCUUUCCAGGCGAGCAUGGCCGGUUACGCUGCCGGAGUUGCAAAAGGCGUGGCUCCGAAAGCGAGACUCGCGGUCUACAAGGUCUGCUGGAAGGACUCCGGAUGCUUCGAUUCCGACAUCCUUGCCGCCUUCGACUCCGCAGUCUCUGAUGGUGUCGACGUCAUCUCAAUCUCGAUCGGAGGCGGAGACGGCGUAUCUUCCCCUUACUAUCUCGAUCCGAUCGCAAUCGGAGCAUACGGCGCUGUUUCCAGAGGUGUUUUCGUCUCGUCCUCCGCUGGAAACGAAGGCCCCAGCGCAAUGACUGUGACAAACCUCGCUCCCUGGCUUACGACCGUCGGCGCAGGCACCAUCGACCGUAGCUUCCCAGCGGUCGUCAUCCUCGGAGACGGGCGGAAGCUAUCCGGCGUGUCGCUCUACGCCGGAGCGCCACUCAACGGUAAAAUGUACCCUCUGAUUUAUCCAGGCAAGUCCGGGAUAUUCUCUGCCUCGCUGUGCAUGGAGAAUUCCCUGGAACCCAAUGUUGUCAGGGGCAAGAUCGUAAUUUGUGAGAGAGGAAACAGUCCGAGAGUGGCCAAAGGCCUGGUGGUGAAGAAGGCCGGCGGCGUCGGAAUGAUCCUCGCCAACGGGGCUUACAACGGCGAAGGACUCGUCGGCGACGCUCAUCUCCUCCCCGCCUGCGCAGUUGGUGCCGACGCGGGCAAUCUCCUCAAGAAAUACAUCUCAUCGACCUCCAAUCCCACGGUGACCAUCGAUUUCCGUGGAACUCAACUCGGAAUCAAACCUGCACCGGUGGUUGCCUCAUUCUCGGGUCGGGGCCCCAACGCUUUGAGUCCCGAAAUUCUCAAGCCUGACCUGAUCGCGCCUGGAGUGAACAUCUUGGCCGCUUGGACCGACGCGGUCGGGCCCACAGGGUUGGACUCGGAUACCCGAAAGACCGAAUUCAACAUCUUAUCGGGUACUUCGAUGGCGUGUCCUCACGUGAGUGGCGCAGCGGCUUUGCUCAAGUCGGCCCACCCGGAUUGGAGCCCCGCGGCGAUCCGGUCCGCGAUGAUGACCACCGCUAGUGUUAUCGACAACCGGGCUCAUCCCAUGACAGAGGAGUCGACUGGAAAACCAGCCACGGCGUACGAUUUCGGAGCCGGCCAUCUCAAUUUGGACCGUGCAAUGGACCCUGGGUUGGUGUUCGAUAUCACCAACGAUGAUUAUGUGAACUUUCUCUGCGCGAUUGGUUACGGGCCGAAGCUGAUCCAGGUAGUUACGCGAAUUCCGGCGAAAUGCCCAGCGAAGAAGCCAGCCCCGGAAAAUCUGAACUACCCGUCGAUCGCGGCGUUGUUCUCGGGCGCGUCCAAGGUGGGGCCAUCGAGUAAGACAUUUGUCAGAACCGUGACGAAUGUGGGGCCGAUGAGGUCGGUGUACGUGGCAAGAGUUGAGGCUCCCAAGGGAGUGACGGUGACGGUGAAGCCUACCACACUGGCGUUCGCGGCGGGAGUGACGAGACGGAGCUUCGUGGUGACGGUGACGGCCGAUACCCGGAACCUGGUGCUGGACGACUCGGGGGCUGUGUUCGGGUCGCUCUCUUGGUCCGAUGGGACCCACGUGGUUCGGAGCCCCAUUGUGGUGACCCAGUUGAAUCCUCUGUGACCGCGAGCUUCGGGAUUCGAUCACGUCGUUUUGAUCGAUGGCCCAGGACUCGACAACUAGUAGCUGUAGUGUAGUCGUGUACAACUCGCUCACUACGUGAAGUAGAGGUUUUUAAGUUUUAACCCACCCCUCUUUUUUUUCUUUUUUCUUUUUUGUUCCCUGUGUGAUUUUAAUAUUUUUAUUUGCUUUUUAUUAUUUUAUUUAUCGUUUCAGAUGUGUUUAUAGACUUUGAGGCUUUCUAUAUAUACUCAAAUGUCAUCAACUUUAUCUAUAAGGAAUAGUUUUAUAGCCUAGCAAAAUUGGGCAUAUUUUAUGAUA